UGAUUUUCUCUGAACACAGAAUUUCAUCAAGAUGACAGAAAAUUUAACUUUUCGAGUGUCCUUAUUUGACAAGCAUAUUGAAACAGCAUGGAGGAACUACAGGUUCCUCCAUUUCUCAAUAAAUACUGGAGGUAAUGAGAAGUCCACACAUGGAAAUCACUAGACCUUGCUUGUCCUGGACAAACAAGACAAUUUAUGGAGGUUCUAUAACUCAUUGAGGCUAAUGAGAGAUGAUACAGAAGACAAAUAUGUCAAAGAUACAAAACAAUUGCAAGAUUACGUGGAGAAUUUUUUAAAAGCUUGCCGUGAAAGAGACGCUCAAUCACAACCCUCUUUCAAAUUAAUAAACUCACAAAACACAAGUUACAACUUUGAGUAUGUCAACAAUGCUCCACAACAAGAAAGUGAUUAUCUGGAUUGUGGCCUCUUUGUCUGCUAUAUAAUGAAACAAUAUAGCAAACAUGAACUUAUCAGCUCCAAAUUGUCCACACAAAAGAUAAGGUUGAUGAGGGCAGAACUCAUACAGAGAUUUGUGACCGAAGUUGGCCGGUCAUGGACUGAACCAAUUGAAAUACCUCCAGAAGAACCACAAAUGUAAUAGUGAAACUAGUGAAAGGAAGACAAUGUACAU